AUGUUUGCAACCUGGAAUUCAAUCCAUCCAAGAGAGGAAGAAGAAGCUCAGAAUUCAAUUUCUUUUGUCUUUAGAACUGUAAUGAUUUGCAGGACUCGACAUGCCGCUGUUUUCUUUGUUCGAGUUUUCAGUGCAUCUUCACGUUUUCUCCAUUCCCCUUCUCCCCAAACUCACCCUAAUUUCCCAAUCUCACGCACCAAGGCACCCCCUUCUUAUGUCGUUUACCCUUCCUCUCUACUCUCCGACCUCGUCUCUUGCGCCAAUGACAACGACUUGGCUCGUGUUUUGACUUGUCACAAGCGAGACUUAACCUCCAACCUCGUGCUUCGCGUUUUAAGGAGCUACAAGCAAAUGGGUAGGGGCAAGACGUUGAAAUUCUUCUCCUUGGCCGGGACCCACAUGGGGUUUCAGUUCGACGAUUCCGUCGUUGAGUACAUGGCUGAUUUCUUGGGUAGAAGGAAGCUCUUUGAUGACAUCAGGUGCUUGUUGACCACAGUGUCGUUUCACAUGGGUCGAGUGUCGUCUAAGGCACUGUCCAUUUGCAUCAGGUUUUUAGGGAGACAAGGUAGAAUUAAGGAAGCAUUGUCACUGUUUGAGGAAAUGGAGACUGUGUUUAAAUGUAAGCCUGAUAACCUUGUGUGUAAUAACAUGCUUUAUGUGCUUUGCAAGAGGGAAUCAUCCUUGGAGAUGAUUCAGCUUGCACUUACAAUCUUUCACAAGAUUGAAGCUCCUGAUACCUAUUCCUGCAGUAACAUGAUUGUUGGUUUUUGUAAGCUUGGUAGAUUAGAGUCGGCCCUUGAGAUAUUUAAUAAAAUGGACAAGAUUGAAGUGCUUCCAACUCGUUCUGCUGUUAACAUGCUUAUUGGGGAUCUGUGUUUGAUGAGUGCAAAAGAAGGGUCUGUAGAGAAGGUGAGAGUGAGGAACACUCGGAGACCGUAUACUAUAUUAGUUCCUAACAUGGAAGGAAAUAAUGAUGCAAUGCAGCCCGCACUUCAAGUGUUUUGGGCAGUUUGUAAGGCUGGCUUGUUACCUAGUGCUUUUGUUGUGGUUAAGCUUAUAUGUGAGCUUUGUCGCUUGGGUAAUACAAAAGAAGCUGUUAGAGUUUUGAGGAUUGUUGAGGAAAGGAAGCUAAGGUGUGUUCAAGAGGGUUACUGUGUUGUUAUACAGGCAUUGUGCGAAUGCCGCCGAGUGGAGGAAGCUAGUGAUUUGUUUGGGAGGAUGUUGACCUGUGGCUUAAAGCCGAAGUUGGUUGUUUAUAAUUCUGUUAUAACGAUGUUGUGUAAAUUGGGAAAGUUAAAGGAUGCAACCAGAGUCUUUGAAAUCAUGAACAAGAACAGAUGCCUUCCUGAUGGUUUAACCUACAUUGCUCUGGUCCAUGCUCAUGGUGAGGUUAAGAACUGGAAAGUUGCUUAUGACUUAUUGUUCGAAAUGUUGAGUUUAGGAUUGAUGCCAAAUUUUCAGACUUACGAUUUAGUAGAGAGUCUUUUGAGAGAGCAUGAUCGGUUGGAUAUGUGUGUUAAAUUGGAAAGUAAAUUGCAGAACCAGAAGUUACAGAAACUGUGUUCAGAAGGUCAACUAGAUGCCGCUUAUGAGAAAGCCAAGUCAAUGCUUGAAAAGGGUAUUCCUUUAUCAGCUUAUGCAAGAGACAAUUUUGAAAACGUGUUUCAGAAGUGUGGCAAGUUAAAAAUGGCUCGACAGUUAUUGCGGAAGACUGAAAGAGCUCGUGAGCCUGAGGAGAUUGAGAAAACUUAA